AUGGACCGACUUUGCCGCCUACCGCCGCCGUUAUUCUUCCUUCUCCAUGCGUUCCUUGCCCACGCUGGGGUAGUAGUCAAGCGUGACACGAUCGGCGGCACUGAUGCUGGUAGUAACGGAACUUUUGCAGCCAUCACAUUCCCAGGAAAGGAUGCCACCUUAGUCACUGGGACUACAGUUGAAGUGACGUGGGAGAGAGGGGAUGAUGGCCCUCAGUGGGAUGGCAAAGUGAUGAUGGAAGUUGCUGAAGCGAGCAGUACACCAUUUACCAGUUUUGUCUACGUCGACUAUGACAUCCCGUAUGCGUCAGAGGCCCACAACUGGACCAUACCGGAGCGCCUGAACCCGGGUUCUUAUGCCAUCCGCAUCGUAAAUUCCUCUCAACCUGCCACAUUCAGCGACUCGCCAAUAUUCACAGUCAUCCACGCCGCUCCGGUCCCCACCGAAGCCCCAGCCCCUCCUUCGUCCUCUCGGAAAGGCCUCACAUCAGAUGAUAUCAUUGGUUUAGCGACCGGCCUCUCGGUUGCUGCUCUUGUCGCCGCCCUAGCGGUAUGGGCCUGGCGGCACUCUAAGAAUCGUGAAAGAAGAGGCAUUCAAGGGAGUGCCGCACGGGCGGUCUCGGAGAAUGGCAGGCUGUUAGAGGGGGCCGUUGCCAUGUCACCCUCUACCAUGGUGGAAACGGGGUCCGCUGCGGGAGAAGAGGGUAUGGCCGAUCUGGACAAGCUGCCGGAGGGAGUCAUUAGUGGGUGGGCACCAGAGGGUAUCCGCGUUGAUCCUAUCGAGCUGCCUGCGGAAGUAUAUAAGCGGUGGAGCGAUGACACCCGAGAACGUGGUCUAGUUGGUAUCGGAGAACGACUGGAACUAAGCGGCAGCCGAGGCAGAGAUGGGACGGGGAACCCGGAGGUCCCUACUGAACCCCAAGCGCUAGGAUCUUCCGAAACACCUGACCGGAUACUCAACGAGUGA